AUGGCCACACCUCAGGACAGGAGUACGCGCACGAUUCACAGUGCUGCGUGUUUGAUUAUAGGAGAUGAGGUACUUGGCGGAAAGACUGUGGAUACCAAUUCGGCUUAUCUGGCUAAAUGGUGCUUUGCACUUGGAAUUAGCUUGAAACGUAUCGAGGUCGUUGAGGACGAUGAAAGCGAAAUCAUGGAAGCUGUUCGCCGCAUGAGUGAUCGCUACGAUUUUGUCGUCACCAGACACGACGACAUCACGUACCAAUCUAUUGCCAAAGCAUUCGACUUACCACUAAAGUUGCACGAUGAGGCUUUCCAGAAAAUGAAGCUACUGUCCAAACCACAUACGCUCACACCAAACUUUGACUGGGAGACAGACUCUCCAGCCCUACAGGCUAAAUUGCGUAUGGUGAGACUUCCGACAGACGAAAGUCGAGACUUGAAUAGCCAGUUCCUGUUUGUGUCCGACAAUCUAUGGGUUCCUAUUUCCGUUGUUAACGGAAACAUUCACAUUCUGCCUGGUGUGCCCUCACUCUUCCAGGCAUUACUUGACGGAAUGAAGCCUUUUGUGCUCCCUAGGCUGGUCGAUCCUGAAGGCAAGGGAACUUGCAGAGUCUUGAUAUCCACCCCACUGCCGGAAAGUGCCGUGGCGGCAUAUCUCACCGAUCUCGCCACCAGGGUUGGGCCCAAGGGCGUCAAAGUCGGAAGCUAUCCCAGGUGGGGUAAGAAGCGUAAUACGGUCACGCUCGUCGGCAGGGAUCAGGCGUUCCUUGACGGUUUAGUUGCUGAGGUUGAGGAGAACGUUCAGGGGCGUCGUGUUACCCGAGAAGACGAAGCUGAUAAUCUUUGA